AUGCAUGCUCUGUACAAGAUCUUCAUUUUUUCUGCUGUGGUGGGAUUUGGUAAGAAAGCCCUGGGUGGUGAAAUCAUUAAUGGUGAAAAGACCAAGGAGAGCGCGAUGCAGUACAUGGCCUCUGUGCAGAAUGACAAAGGUCAUAUCUGUGGAGGAUUCCUCAUCAGUGAAGACUUUGUGCUCACUGCGGCUCACUGUGAUGAUAAGAAUCCAACACAUGUUGUCCUUGGCACCCACAGUCUCAAAGACGUUGAUGAAACGAAGAAAUACCUUGUGAAGAGGUGCAAACAUGGGGAUUUUAAGAGCACUAGGUGUGGGGAUGACAUCAUGCUCCUCAAAUUGUCAAGGAAAGCUAAACUGGGGGGUGGCACACAUAUUGUACGCAUCAAACUCCCGAGUCAUAAAAUUAAACUUAAUAAGAAGAAAAUGUGCCGUGUAGCUGGAUGGGGUUCAAGAGUAACCGAUGGAAAAGAUGAAGAUAAACUGUGGGAUGUGAAAGUUCCUGUGAUUGACUAUGAGGAGUGUAAUAAGCUGUGGCGGAACACGCUUCCUGAGAAAGUGAUCUGUGCAGGUGGAAACAACACAAAGAAAGGAUUCUGUAAGGGUGACUCUGGUGGACCUUUGGUGUGUGACGAUUUGGCCGUUGGUAUUGUCUCCUUUAACAACAACGAAAAGUGUGACUAUGUAAAUAAUAUUCCCAACGUCUAUACAGAUGUAUCCAAAUACAUCUCCUGGAUUAACAAGAUCAUGAAGAAGUGCUAA